AUGAAUAAUUGUUUGUUAACGCCUAAGUCUAAAUAACCAAAAUGCCCAAAUGCUCCUAAGAAAUAAUACUACGCAACCAGAAUUGAUGAUUAGUCAAUAAGGUCAGUUUGUAGAGUACUUUUCACUGAUGAACCAAAACCCUCAAUAACUUCUACAGAAACUGCUUGA